UCAAUCCCUUGAUUCUCAAGUACUAGGAAGAAGCUAUAUCCGGAGAUUUCUGCCAUUUCUUUAAAAAAAAUGAAACCAGGAAACCGAAUAGGAAAUAAAUGGCAUAACGAUGGAUCUGUAAAACAAGAUAGAGGUGCAGUGGCGACCUUCAGGUUGGCAGGGCCUGGAUCCUGGGGUCUGCUGCUCUCCUGUCUGCUGCUCGCCGCCUGGGGGACAGGGAGCGGCCAGCUCCACUACUCGGUUCCCGAGGAGGCCAAACACGGCACCUUCGUGGGCCGCAUCGCGCAGGACCUGGGGCUGGAGCUGGCGGAGCUGGUGCCGCGCCUGUUCCGGGUGGCGUCCAAGGAGCGCGGGGACCUUCUGGAGGUGAAUGUGCAGAAUGGCAUUUUGUUUGUGAAUUCUCGGAUCGACCGCGAGGAGCUGUGCGGGCGGAGCGCGGAGUGUGGUAUCCACCUGGAGGUGAUCGUGGACAGGCCGCUGCAGGUUUUCCACGUGGAGGUGGAGGUGAGGGACAUUAACGACAACCCGCCGGUGUUCUCUGUAACAGAACAAAAGAUUUUAGUACCCGAAUCUAGACUGCUUGACUCUCGGUUUCCACUAGAAGGAGCAUGUGAUGCAGAUGUUGGGGAGAACUCAAUGCUUACUUACAAACUUAGUUCAAAUGAGUUUUUCGUUCUUGAUGUUAUAAGCAAAAAAGACAAAAGUAAAUCUCCUGUGCUUGUUCUGCGAAAACUGCUAGAUCGAGAAGAAAAUCCUCGGCUAAAUUUGUUACUAACUGCAACGGAUGGAGGAAAACCUGAAUUUACUGGAUCAGUUUCUCUGUUGAUCCUGGUGUUGGAUGCUAACGAUAAUGCUCCUGUAUUUGACAGACCCGUUUAUGAAGUGAAGAUGUAUGAAAAUCAAGUGAACCAAACGUUAGUAAUUUGGCUUAAUGCUUCAGACACAGAUGAAGGAAUAAACAGGGAACUGGAGUAUUCAUUUAGCUCUUUGGUCCCUCCAGUCAUAAGAAGGAAAUUUCUAAUAAAUGAAAAGACUGGAGAAGUAAAAGUAAAUGACAACAUUGAUUUUGAAGAAAGCAACAACUAUGAAAUUCACGUAGAUGUUACAGAUAAAGGAAAUCCACCCAUGGCAGGUCACUGCACUGUUCUAGUGGAAAUCCUGGAUGAGAAUGAUAAUUCACCAGAGAUCAUUGUUACGUCUUUGUCUCUCUCCGUGAAAGAAGAUGCUCAGGUGGGCACCGUCAUCGCCCUGAUCAGCGUGUCUGACCGCGACUCUGGAGGGAACGGGCAGGUGACCUGCUCCCUGACGCCCCACGUCCCCUUCAGGCUGGUGUCCACCUUCAAGAACUACUACUCGCUGGUGCUGGACAGCGCCUUGGACCGCGAGACCACCCCCGGCUACGAGGUGGUGGUGACCGCCAGGGACGGAGGCGCGCCGGCGCUGUGGGCCACGGCCAGCGUGUCGGUGGAGGUGGCGGACGUGAACGACAACGCUCCCGCUUUCGCGCAGGCCGAGCACACGGUGUUCGUGAAGGAGAACAACCCGCCGGGCGCGCACAUCUUCACGGUGUCGGCCACGGACGCGGACGCGCAGGAGAACGCGCGCGUGACCUACUCGCUGGUGGAGCGGCGCGUGGGCGAGCGCGCGCUGUCGAGCUACGUGUCCGUGCACGCGCAGAGCGGCCGGGUGCACGCGCUGCAGCCCCUGGACCACGAGGAGCUGGAGCUGCUGCGCUUCCAGGUGAGCGCGCGCGACGCGGGCGAGCCCGCCCUGGACGGGCAGGUGACGCUGCAGGUGUUCGUGCUGGACGACAACGACAACGCGCCCGCGCUGCUGGGGCCCGAGGCGGGGGUGCAGGCUGCGGGCGUGAGCCAGCUGCUGUGGCGCUCAGUGGGCGCGGGCCACGUGGUGACGAAGGUGCGCGCGGUGGACGCUGACUCUGGCUACAACGCGUGGCUGUCCUACGAGCUGCAGCCGGAGGCGGGCGGCGCGCGCAGCCCGUUCCGCGUGGGGCUGUACACGGGCGAGAUCAGCACCACGCGCGCCCUGGACGAGGCGGACGCGCCGCGACAGCGCCUGCUGGUGCUGGUGAAGGACCACGGCGAGCCCGCGCUGACGGCCACCGCCACCGUGCUGCUGUCCCUGGUGGACAGUGGUCAGGCGCCCAAGGCGCCGUCGCGCUCGCGGGCCUUGGUGGACGCCGCCGGCCCGGAGGCGUCGCUGCUGGACGUGAACGUGUACCUGAUCGUGGCCAUCUGCGCGGUGUCCAGCCUGCUGGUGCUCACGCUGCUGCUGUACGUGGCGCUGCGGUGCUCGGCGGCGUCGCCCACGGAGGGCGCGUGCGGGCCUGGCAAGCCGGUGCUGGUGUGCUCCAGCGCGGUGGGCAGCUGGUCGUACUCGCAGCAGAGGAGGCACAGGGUGUGCUCUGGGGAGGGCCCACCUAAGGCGGACCUCAUGGCCUUCAGUCCCAGUCUUCCUCCAUGUCCAGUGGCAGGCCUUGGAAUGGAAAGUCAGUCUAUUGCAGGGGACGAGUCUGACAAGGACCCCCUGGAGCUGCACAAGAUGCGUGUUCACGUCCUGGACAUCAAUGACAACGCACCCAUCUUCCCUGCUGGAGACGUGCAGCUGCACAUUCCGGAGUUCCUGACACCCGGAGCCCGCUUUACUCUCCCGAAUGCCCAAGAUGCCGAUGAGGGAAGCAACUCAGUGUUAAGCUAUAGCCUAAGCCCCAGCCAGCACUUUCGCCUGGACAUGGGGUCCCGGAUUGAUGGCAGCAAAUACCCUGAGUUGGUGUUGGAGAAAGCGUUGGACAGAGAGCAGCGCGACACCCACUUGCUGGUGCUCACAGCUCAGGAUGGCGGGCUGCCUGCACGCUCUGGAGACGCUCAAGUUACCAUCAUCGUGGUGGACACAAAUGACAAUGCACCCAUGUUUGAGCACUCUGUAUACAGCACCAAGGUUCCAGAGACAGCACCCAAUGGGACUGUGUUAUUCCAAGUCCGGGCUUGGGAUCUGGAUGAAGGAUCCAAUGGGGAAGUCUGGUACUCUCUAAGCAAUAGCACCCUAGCCGAGCUGAGACAUCUCUUUCAUGUACAUCCUAAAAGUGGAGAGGUGCAAGUAGCUGCUUCACUAGGUCCACCUGAAACGCUGUUGGAGGCCUAUGUUGAAGCAAGAGACGAAGGCGCCUUUGGUCUAGCUAGCACUACUAAACUGCUGGUACGGGUGACUGAUGUGAACGAUCAUGCUCCAGAGAUGGACUUCAUGACCUUCUUCAGCCCAGUACCUGAGGAUGUGCCCUCUGGCACAGUAAUUGCUCUCCUCAGUGUAAAAGAUGAAGAUCUUGGUUCCAAUGGCAGGAUCACUUGUAGCAUGUCCAGCAAGGGCCCUUUUCAGCUGAAAUCUUCCUUUGACAACUACUACACCUUGCUGACUGAUGGCCCCCUGGACCGGGAGCAAGCAAAUGAGUACCAGGUCCUGAUCACUGCCUCAGAUGGUGGCUCACCCCCAUUAAGCACCCGAAGGUCACUUACAGUGUCAGUUGCUGAUGUGAAUGAUAACGCACCACACUUUUCUCAACCACAACAGGAACUUUUUGUGGCUGAAAACAAUAACCUUGGAGUUUCUUUAGGCCACGUGUUUGCCCAGGACCCAGAUCUGGGGAAGAAUGGCCUUGUCUUUUAUAAGCUGCUGGAUGUGAUCUCUGAGGGGAUACCAGCUCCCAGCUUGGUGGCAGUGGAACCAUCCAAUGGGGUUAUUAUUGCCAGAACUUCCUUUGACUUUGAGCAGCUCAGGGGCUUUUGCUUUCAAGUGGAAGGCCGAGAUGGGGGCAGUCCUCCUAGAAGUGCAACAGUGACUGUGAACUUGUUUGUGGUAGACAGGAAUGACAACGCUCCAGACAUCUUGUUUCCUUUGCUUAGCAAUGGCUCUAUUCCGGUGGAAAUUGUGCCUCGCUCUGCUAGAGCUGGACACUUGGUCACAAAAGUGGUAGCAGAAGAUUCAGACAGUGGCUCCAAUGCCUGGCUGUCCUACCACAUCAUUCAGGCUUCUGACAGUAGCCUUUUCAGAAUUUCAGUCAAUACGGGAGAGCUGCGUACAGCACGCCUAGUUCUUCCCACUGAUGCUAUUAAGCAGAAGGUGGUGGUAGUGGUCCGGGACCAUGGAGACCCACCACUUUCCUCCUCUAUUAUUCUGGGUGUGCUGUUGAGUAAUUCUGCUCCUCAGGUUCUUCCAGACUAUGAAGAUAUCUGGGAACCAGAAGGACAGCUUUCCACCCAGAACUUGUACUUAGUAAUUGCACUGGCCUGUGUUUCCUUUUUAUUUCUGGGGUGCUUAUUUUUCUUUGUGUGUGCCAAGCUGAGCCAGAGCCCAGACUGUUGCUCUCAGAGCUGUUGUCACUUUUCAGAAGACAUGAGGCAUGGAAGGAUGAUGGCUUCUAAUCCUUGUAUGACAUCAGCCACAAUAGAUGUCACCACAAUUGAGAGACUUUCACAGACAUAUCUCUAUCGGGCCUCUCUGGGUCUUGGUUCUGACAAUAACAAUUUGCUCUUACACAGAGAGUAUAAUGUUGCUGACCUGAGAAAUCUGGCCACUGGUGUAGGACUGAACUUACCAAUAUCCUCUAUUCAGAUUCGGAAUAAGAAAGGGGAUCAUGCAAAUGUCAAUGCCAUGCCUCGGCAGCCCAACCCUGACUGGCGUUACUCUGCCUCACUAAGAGCAGGCAUGCACAGCUCUGUGCACCUGGAGGAGGCUGGCAUUCUACGAGCUGGUCCAGGAGGGCCUGAUCAGCAGUGGCCAACGGUAUCCAGUGCAACACCAGAACCAGAGGCAGGAGAGGUGUCCCCUCCAGUGGGUGCUGGUGUCAAUAGCAACAGCUGGACCUUUAAAUAUGGACCAAGCAAUCCCAAACAAUCCGGUCCCGGUGAGUUGCCAGACAAAUUCAUUAUCCCAGGAUCUCCUGCCAUCAUCUCUAUCCGCCAGGAGCCUACUAACAGCCAAAUUGACAAAAGCGACUUUAUAACCUUCGGCAAAAAGGAGGAGACCAAGAAAAAGAAGAAAAAGAAGAAGGGUAACAAGACCCAGGAGAAAAAGGAGAAAGGGCACAGCACGACUGACAACAGUGACCAGUGAGGUCACCCAAUGGAAACAAGCCACUUAAGCCAGUUUUUGUAAUAAUGGCAAAUCUCUCCCAUGUAGCAACUCCCUGCUUCUUUCUCCUAUCCCAUAGAGACCUCAGAAAUCUGCAGAAAGUUCCCUGUGUUUGUCUAGAUUGAAUUAACAGGUUUUGUCUUAAAAGCUUUCCUAAGUCUGGUGUUAACUCUUUCUCUCCACUCUGGCUUGUUUUCAGAACCUAAAAAGCAGACCCAAGUUUCCUUUCUCCUCCAUCGCAAAGGAGAGGCUUCCCAGUCCUGCCAGUGAGAGUUGGACUCUCUGCCCUGUGCUCCUGGGAUCCUGUCUUGAUGACACAUGACACUUGCAGGGCAGGAUGGAAGGUUUUCAGAUUAAGCAGCCUGGGUGUUUGUGACCACUGGGUGUGUGUAGCCACCACAAGAGUGUUUGAGUGACAGAUACUGCGUCAGAUUAGAAUAGCUGGCCUAAGAAGGACUGGGAAAAAAAAAGAAACAAGUAAACAUUGAUAACAGUCAUCAAUCUAGAGGGGACAUGUAUGAAAGGGACCAGACUUUCUAAAUCUCUCAAUGUAAGAGGUAGGUCACCCUCUAAUAGAGAAAACUACCCCCACUGAAAAGACUUCAGGAGUUCCUAAAGUAUGUUGGCUAUGGUAUCAUAAUAACUAAAUUCUGUAUUACAUGUUCAAGCCAACAUUUCAAGUGUUUACUGGAGGAUUAGCCAGGGCAACAGAAGCAGAUCUGAAGUGUUUCCUAUACAUGUCCUUAUGCUCACUUUAUUACAAAUUCUUUUGCACACAAUGUUUAUGAAAAGGUCAGAUCCUUUUCCAACAACACAUAUGCAAAAGCAAAAGAAAAACAAAACCCCAACACCUCACUUUGUGCUGUUUGUUGUUUGAUAGAUUUAUUUAAAAAAGAGAAAGUCUAUAGCUAUAAAUCUUUAAAGAAAUAUGAUGAAUACAAUGUCCCCAAACUCCUCUCAAAAGAGAAUUCAGUCUACAGCCAUUGAAAUGAUCAUUGCUGCUACAGAAGUGCUUUAAGAGAAUUGCCUGGAACAUCUGUAUUAUACUGGCCACCUGCCAAUCACAGCUUUACUCUUUCAGGUCACUCUGGGGCUGCCUCUUGCAUGUAUUAAAUACUAAAUAAAAGAAUAUCUUUCUCUCUCUCUUUUCUAAGAAAAAUGAUGUGCACUUUGACUACACAGCCUUCUAUAGCCAACUAUAUCAAGACCCAGAAAUUGAAGAAAAAUAUUUUCUCAUACAUUCAGUGAGCAAAUUUUCAUUCCUCUAAUUCUGUGACUUGUCUUGGUGUGCUAGCCAAUACCUUCUCUUUGGUUUAGUUUUCCUUUUCUAUAACACUCUGAAUUGCUACUCUUACUAACACCUCUGAUGUUACCUGAAAUCAAUCUCCCAUAUGUAUGCUGUAUGCUAUUAUAAGACUCCUGAAAUAUACUUACUCUGUGCUUGUGUAUGUGAAUGUUAAUGCAACUAUGACCUAGAGUGAAAUUUAAGCUUUAUUGUUGAAUGUAAUCUCAUUAUAUUUCCUUUUGUACACCUGUGGAAAAGUGGACUAGUGUUCUUUUAAAGCAUUGUUAAUCAGCCUUUGUGUAUGAAAGACACAGUAAAAUUUCCUUCUUAAAUCAAGAUACUGGUGAUUCAAGGAAUUUUAUUUAUGGUCAGCCAAGAUCAGUCUCUUGCCAAGACUCUUGCUGGCAAAGGAAUGGAUAAAGCUGUGUUUUUUUUUUCCCCCCCUAGUAACAAUUCUAGAAUGAGUAUUGAAGCUAUUCCCUGAGGGUGUGCAAGCACAAAUUGUACCAAUCUGACCUCUUUGGAUUUACAGAUAGCUUUGAAAUCCUAAUGCUGUCUGGAAUAUCAGCUUAUAGGAAGUAAUAAAAUUUACUGUUACCUUAAAUAAGACAUUUUAAUUUUGUUAUGCACAACUUAGAAGUUUGAUUAGUUAUAUUAUCUAUUUAACAGUUAACAUAAAAGAGAUAGGAGUCUGUUAUAAAAAUGCCAUAAAAUCUCAAAAAAAACACCUGUCUUGUCUACUUUUAGCUUUAUUCUCCCAUAUUUUGAAGGGUGUGUAACUUCAGCUCUGCAGGAUUGCAUGGGGUAAAAUUUGUUGAAAACACAUGUGAACCAUUGCUACAUUGUAGGUUGUGAUCAUUUUGCCCCACUGAAGCCCAUGUAACUGACCUUACGUGCCUUUUGAACUAGGAGAAUCGGGCUAAUUUAUUAAUGAUGAUAAUUAUAAUGUAUCUGUACAGCACUUUUUAAAUUUAUGAAGUGCUUUCCAAUUCAUGUUAGUUACUAGUAAUUACAGCUGUAAGGAUAAAACACGUCAUGUGAAUUCAUUUUUAAUUGGUGCUAUUGGUAUUUCCUCUGUUAUUGCUAAUAAAUGGAAAAUGGUGGUAUGAAA